AGCUGCCUCAGCCGGAAGCUCCUGGCCGCCAUCCGGCAGAUGCAGCAGCUGCUGAAGGGGCAGGAGACGCGCUUCGCUGAGGGCCUCCGCCUCAUGAAAAGCCGGCUGAGCACCCUGCAUGCCUCCCUGGCCAAAGCCGCCCCUGAGCUGCCAGCCGCCUCCUGCCCAGCCCCGCAAGCCCCUGCGGACGGGAAGAUGUUUGGCACCAAGUAUUUGGUGGAACAUGAGGUUCACUUCACCUGCGACCCAGGUUUCCAGCUCCUGGGCUCCAGCACACGGACGUGCCAGGCCAAUGGCAGCUGGACUGGACAGGAGCCCCGCUGUGCAGAGAUCAGCGAGUGCUCAAGCAGCCCCUGCCAAAAUGGUGGGACGUGCCUGGAGGGGCUGAACCAGUACAAGUGCCUCUGCCCUCAGCAGUGGACUGGAUACACCUGCCAGUACCAGGCACAGACGGCUCCCCCAGCCUGGAGCGUCACGGACGACCCAGCGUUCAGCCGCCAGCCCCGCUGUGCCCAGAUCGAUCGGACCCAGCACUGCAGCUGCGAGCCCGGUUUCCAUAUGAGCGGCACGGCUGCCAACGGCCUCUGCCAGGACCUCAACGAGUGCGAGGUGUACAAGCGGGAGGGGGGUCCCCGGCUCUGCGCCCACGUCUGCGUCAACCUCCCCGGCUCCUACCGCUGUGCCUGCCCCAGUGGAUAUGUCCUCCUGGGUGACGGCAAAAGCUGUGAAGACAUUGACGAGUGCGCCCUGUCCCAGGAUAACUGCACGAGGGGGACCACCUGCAUCAACACAGGGGGGGGCUUCCAGUGCGUCAGCCCCCAGUGCCCCCAGCCCACCGGCAACGUCACCUACAUCAAAACCUCACCCUUCCAGUGUGAGCGCAACCCCUGCCCAAUGGAGAGCCGGUCAUGCCACCAAGCACCCAAAACCAUCUCCUUCCACUACCUUCCCCUGCCUUCCAACCUGCUGACACCCACCCCACUCUUCCGCAUGGCCACAGCGGCAGCGCCUGGCCGGCCGGGACCCGACAGCCUGCGUUUUGGCAUCGUGGGGGGCAACAACCGUGGCCACUUCGUGAUGCAGCGCUCGGACCGGCAGACUGGGGAGCUCAUCCUGGUGCAGAGCCUCAAGGGUCCCCAGACCAUCCAGGUGGAUGUGGACAUGUCUGAGUACCUGGAUCGCGUCUUCCAGGCCAAGCAUGUGUCCAAAAUCACUGUCUUUGUCUCCGCCUAUGAGUUUUAG